AUGCAGCCGCAAGACUAUUCAAUUAUGAAGCAUCUCGAGAAGACACCAGCUCAAAUCUCAGUGUGGGCCAUAUUGAUAAGCUCACAACUGCACAGACAAACCCUGAUGAAGGAUUUAGAUGACAUUUAUAUGCCCGUGGGUACAAAUAGUGAUAAUAUGGCAGCUAUGGCAAUGAAUACAAGAAAGAACAAUGCAAGGAGGGUCGGUGAGAAGAAUGUGAAUGAGGAGGUUCCCUCUCAAGCUCCUCAAAACCCUCAAUUUUCUAAUGAAGAAGGGGUUAUGUCUAAUGUUGAGAUAAGGUCGGCUAUUCAUAAUUUGACUCAAGUGUUGACCACUCAAGUUUCUAGGGAUGCUAGGGUGCAAGUGAACCCCAAUGCUAGCACUACCACUUCUAGGAUAAGGGAUUUCACAAGGAUGAAUCUCCCUACUUUCUUUGGCUCCAAGGUGGAAGAAGAUGCACAAGGAUUCAUUGAUGAAAUGUUUAAGGUUCUAGAGGCUAUGGGUGUGUCUUCUCAAGAAAAGGUGGAGUUAGCCGCCUAUCAACUCAAAGAUGUGGCACAAGUGUGGUUGGCUAUGCUAAUCCCAAGCAUAGACAUUUCUCGUCUCAUGGUUCAUGUCGAACAAAUUGAGGAGCAAAAGCUUAAGCAAGUUGGUAGAGAAUUGAAGAGGUCAAGGGCUGAUGAUGGAAAUUCUUCUAAGGUUAGGUUUGAAAUCCAAGAUAAGCCAAAGUUCAAAAAGAGGUAUUCCAACCAAGGUCCUCCUAACACUCCAAGGGUCAACAAAGGCAAGUGCCUAGUUGGCACGGGUAAUUGCUAUGAAUGUGGUAAGAGUGGCCACAUAAGGAGGGACUGCCCUAUGUUAAAGGCUCAAGGAAGGGAAAAUCCUCAAGCACAAGCAAGUGGCCCAAAUCUCGAUGCUCCUAAGAAGAAUCGCUUCUAUGCUCUCCAAUCCCGAGGUGAUCAAGAGAGCUCUCCAAAUGUUGUGACCAAUAAACCCUUUUUCGAUUUCUACCCCGGUGGGUGA